AUGGAUCAGAGCGCAUGUCGCCUGAAAGAAAGGGAGGAAGCAGUGGCUCCCAAAUACCAGGAGCAUCGCAGCCUGGGAGCCGCCCUCUUCUUGACUGCAACCUCGCUUGAAGAGUUGCGGAGAAUGUUCGUUCCGCAAGCCUUGGCGCUCCAUCCCAGCAAGGGCGGAUCUCUUGGGGAGUUCAACGGGGCUCUGACCGCGUUCAGCGCGCUCUGUCACGGCUUUGCCAGGUGCGGGGAGCUUCAGUGGAUAUCCACUCGGCGCAAAAGCGCAGAAGACGGCCUCGACGAGUUACAAGGCUUGCUCCGCCGUUUAGGCACGGCCCAGCGCCGUGAGGCGAUCGAGCGCUUGUCUCUUCACCAGCGCCGCCGCCUGGAAGAGUGGAUGCUGAGGAAGCCACAGAAGAAAGCAAUCUCGAAGAAGAAGCGCGUCCUAACAGACCGCAGCUUGUGCAAGCGGGCCAAUGGAAGGUUCCGCCCUUUCGUUCACUUGAAUGCCGGCCUCUAUGCGCAGACGCAAACCUGUGAAGAUCUGUCUCUCGCCGUGGCGGGAAUGGGAACGCUGAUCCUCAUGCAAGCCUUUUGCAAAGCUGGCAUGGAGCAGCUCCAGUUCUCCGACCCAGCAGCAAUCAAGCUGGCUGCUGUGGGGUUGCAGUGCGCUAUCGAAGAGAGCUUGGCUUCCAUGGAUAGGAAAAUCGCGGUGGUCUUCAGAACGCGCAUCGCGAUCUGCAAAAGAGGCGAGCUGGCAACCCCCACGCGCAAGGAUCCCGCGUCUGCCCUGGAAGACUGGAGCGCAGUACAGCGAGCAGCGCUCAUGGGCUUCCGAAGCAGCCGCAGUGCAUGUGAAAGGCUCCGCCGCGCCCUGCGCGAGAGCAGGGCAAGAAAGGGGCCCAAGGCCAGAACCAUGGCUUUGUCAGAAGUCGCCUUUGUUGGGCCUUGCCUGGAGAUGCUCAAAGGGAAACUUGCGAAGUGUGAUGGGCCUUGGCGCUGCGAUGAAAGUGAGUUGAGGCUAGCAGCAGAGGCUUUGCAACAGCAGGCCAAACCCCCACCUCGACAGCAGCUACUUGCACCGUCAUAA